ACACACUGUAGACAAAGACUUCCCUCUAAUAUAAACAUGUGUAAACAAGAUCUUAACUUGAUGAAAACCAAAUCAUAUAGGUAUAAGUGAUGACAGGAUUUCAGUAGAACAUUUAAAGAUAGCUGAUAAUCGGAAGUGAAAUGAACAAGCAGAAAUGAACAUUAAGUUGAAAUCUACACUCCUGUUUAGAUGACAGUGAUAUGAAACAAUUCUCAGAACUUUAUUAUAAGAGAUAUGUAGUCUAAUCUAAUUGAAAGUUGGUUUCUUGAUGAAUUAUGUAAUGUUUGUAAUUGAGCAAUCUUGUGACUGAGGAAGAAAUUAAUGAAAAUUUUCUGGAGAUAUAAAUAGAGAUUACAAGUAUGACCAGCUAUUAUUCCUGAAGGAUUUUUUACUUAACAGCUACAUUUCUAAACUUAUACAAUUGUUAUAUUAAGAACAAAAUGGAAUUAGAAGUUUUUUCAUGCAAUGGAAUUUAUAAAAUUAUUUUCCUGAUGUCAUGGAUUAUAUUUGUGAAUGGAGCACCUCAGUUAGAGACAAAUGUCCAGGAGUCGUGUGUUCUAAGUUUAACUAUUCCUAAGGACAGCAUAAAAAGUAGUUGUAAUAUGAAUGAUCAAGUUGUACGAAAGAUGCAUUCCAUGGAAUCUCAGUUUAAUCAUUUUCGGACUAAACUAGGUGCUUUGGAGAUUCGACUACCAGAAAUUGUGUUAAAUUCAAAUCGUUAUGGAGACAAAGUUGAACAGCUUGAGUUAGUUAUUGCUAAAGAGUCAACCUAUUAUAAACACAUGGACGAGAGAAUAAAAGCUUUAGAGGAAAGGGUGGUCAAGGACAGGGAAAGCAAUUCUGAAAAACACAUUACUGAACCAGACACCCUACUUGACCCAAUACGACCUUUAGUUAUGGCUGAACUUCAACAAAUGAAGGAAGACUUGAGGAGAGAUCUAACUGAGGAAAUAAGAAAAGAAAAAGAAAAAGAAGAACAAAUUUCCAAAGAAACACUUAUUUCUUCUAUCAAACCUAUGCUUUUGGCCGAGAUGCAGUAUGUUAAGGAAGAAAUACUUAAAAGUAUGAAAAACAUGAUGUCAAUCAAAAUUUUGGAUCAAACCGAGGAAAUUGGUUCCUCAGAUGAAAUUGAAAAUCACAUUGUUGAAGAUGUAGUACAACCUGAAAAUCACCUUAAUAUGGUGUCUGACCAAAGUGUUACUAAAGAUGAUGAGCCUUUACUUAAGGAUAUGGCUCGGACCUUGCACAACCUUGAUGAGGGCAAUGUUACCAUUUUAUCUAAUAAAAAAGAUAUCGAACAGUUGGAAAAUCUUACCAAAGAUAUUGAAUUUGUUGCUAAAACCAAUGAUAACUUUUCUGAGAAGUCAGAAAUUCUGACAGAAACCUUACAGAAAACUAUUGAAAUUUUACAAAAUGUUGCAAAAAACAAUUUGGCAAAAGACCUUGAUGAAAAAAUUGACAAAUUGAGUACUGAAAUGGAAAUCAAACUGAAAUCUAUUACCAAUAAAUGCAAUGAAAUAUGUUUGGCCAAAGAGGUCAGAUCAAGUGAGUUGGAGGACAGAAUUGAUGAAAUAUCACAAAACUUUACAGUACAAAAUGAGAAAGUUGAAGAAUAUGUCAAAAAGUUGAACUUAUCUGAUGAUUUACGUAAGAUAAACACAUCACUAUCCAAUGCUAAACUUGAAAUGCAAUCAAUGGACAGACGAAUUGACAGUUAUACAAAUGAUAUAUACCUGGAUACUAAAAUUCAAACCAAAGUGGAAACUAUUAAAUCCAGUUUACAGUUAUCUCUCAUGGGUAUUCAGUCAAACCUUGCUUCAUAUGAAAACAAACUGUCACAUCUAGAAAGACAGAAUAACCUAUCCUCGACAUUACUCAAUCACUUCAAGAAAACACUGAUACAUAAUCAUAAUCAAACUGAUGUCAACUUUGAAAACGUCAAAUCUGAAAUAACAGAAAUAGAGAAUCGUCUAAAGGAAGAAAUGACGCAGAAAAUAAACACGGAAAAUUUGGAGUCUCGGCUAGAAGGACUUGAGACAGAAUUCAUGUUCUUUAAAAGCAGAGUGACCACCUUGCAGAAAAAUUCAACAAUUGGUGACAAUAAACUUGAUAUCAAACUUGCUGAACUUAACUCAAAAACACAGAGCAUUGAUUGGCAGCUUACUUCACUACAUGAUCAUGCACAGCGAAUUCUGGAAAUUGAACGAAAUCAAACUUUGAUGAAAAAUAACUAUGACCUUAUGCGAGAGGUGAUGAAACUUAUUCACUUGGAGCAAAAACUCAGACACAAUCGUUGGAUUGAGUUUAAUUUCACUCACCAUUCAUUGAAAAAUGCUUGCCACAAAAAACAAUAUGUGAAACGCAAUCCAAUAUCCAAGAAUGGACUUGGAGCUUAUGUUGGAGUCCAACUGUGCACACCAACAAGAUACAAAUUAUUUUUGGGAAAUUCCCUGGAUGAAGAAUUUCUGGACAUUGGUGACCAAUAUGGCCAUGGACAGGAUCAUUGCCAAUUCAUUGGAGGAGAAUCUGAGAAUGGUGUGACCGUUGAUACAGAAUUCCCAUCAGCUAUGGGAAUGAAAGCAUUCAUGAGAAGACAAUGGGACGAGAAGCCACAUUUAGGAUUCCUUUCCUUCAUGACACCGACACCGAGCUGGUAUGAAUGUGGUAUGUCUUUACCAUAGUAGUGUGUAUCUGUAGGAUUUGGACAAAAAUUCCAGAGAUCAAAACUUUUGGAAAGUGCUUAAAUACAGUGAAACAUGUCAAGUGAACAAAGUUUGAUGGAAUAAAACUAUGUGACUUUAUGGAAUUGUGUAAAACACGAUAAUUACAUUCUGAGUGCUAAAGUUUACGACAAAUUAUAAAACACUGGCUGUACUUUUAUCAUUAUUUGACUUUGAAUGAAAUAAUAUUGAAAAUGAGUUAAAUGUUGUACUUUAUACUUAUUGUAUCUUUUUGUGAAGAGGGAGGGGCAUGAAACUUCAAUCUGUUUUAUCCUAUGGAAAAUGUUAAUAGCAAUAUAUAUUACAUUACAUAUCAAAUUUGUCAUUUACUGAAUAUUGGGGUUUUAGAAAAUCAAAAAAACUGUUAAAAUUUAUUCACAUAAUCACAAGAACAAAUGAUGACAACUUCUUGGUCACAUUAAUCCAAUUUUUUUAUUUCAUUAUAAGUUUAUGUAUAUAUUGCUGCAAUUUGGCCCAAACAUCUGGGGUCAACCUAGCUCGAAUUUCAGUUACACAUUAUUUAAGGUUUAGUAUAUAUGCAAGGACACCAAUGACCGAAUUGUUUCAUCUGAUUUAAUAAAAUACAAUAAUCGUUGGGUAUGUUUGGUGUGAGGUAGAAGAUAACAGAAUAAAUUGGUCAAACUGUCAUGCAAUGUUAGGGGUCUACAAAUUGCACAAUUCAAUUAGGAAUAAUUUUAAGAUAAGAAAAAUUUAACUGGUAAUAAAUGUCUGCUUUCAGUGCAUUGUAAUUUCUUGAAAAUAUAAAUAGUUCAAUGCACUUUACUGAAAUGUUACAUCUGUUUCAAUGUUGAUGGAUAAAGGAAAGAUGAAUGAUGAACUACCAGUGAUGAUGGAUAAAGAAAGGAUUAUUUGUAAAUAAGAUUGAUAGUCUGACAACACUGCUUGUAUGCUACCUGUUUUGUUUUAUAAAAGAUAUAAAUUGUUAUAUUAUAAUUAGAAUUGAUGUAUAUAAUUAUAAAACAAUCUUUUUUAAAUUGA